UGAAAAAUUGCAAAACAAUCGCAGUUCGGUUGUGUUACUGAGUUUUUUCAAUAGGCUUUGUUAAAUAUCUUCAAUUUUCCCACACCGUAGUGUUUGUUGUGUCGCUUUUGUAAUUUGGGGGCGUUGCAAGAAAACUGUGAAUGUAGACUUGUGGUUUGAUCGGUGUCUCCACUUUGUUUUGGUUUAUCCACCCAUUUGUGCAACGCAAGUUUUAGUGAUAAAAGAGAAGACAUUCCAUCUCGCCCCGCAUUGAACGAAGAUCGAAAACAACAAGCAUCAGUAAAAGGUGUGACGUGCGACAACAAGAAAGUAGGAAGAGAACUGCAGGAGGCAGAUCGUACAGCGUGAAAGAAAAAACGACAACCACAGUGCGAGACGAAAAAGAUGAUGUGUCAAAGUGAAAGAGCUGCUCCGUAAAAUGGAAGAGUUUCCUUGGCUAUUUUGAAAACAAAAAGUAGAAAUUUGCGAACUGUCCUGCUCCUCCGAAGGUACUUGGACGUGCGCAGCUCUGAUUGGUUUUGUCAAAUAGUGUGGUAGCUUGUCCUGUAGUAGAUUGUGUUCUGAUCCAGAUCCAGGGUCCGAAAAAAGUGUCACUAAAUGAAGAUUAAAUGAGAUCGACUGUAAGCUAUAUGUUAUCGCAAGGACCAGGAGACCCGAUAAUGGCGCAUCCCGACUACGAGCAGUACCACUACCAUCACGGCUGUCUGCUGAUUCUGGUGCGUGGGAUCGGUCCUUUGAAACCUCGGUCACUGCAGCGUGUUUUCGAACGAAUCCAGCGGGUGAAUAAUAUCAAAAUUCCUGAUUCGUCUGGUAUUACGAGAGAUAUUUGGGUUCGCUACAUACGAGAUCAUCCGGUGGAGAACAACGAUUGGGGUGACUUUCAAACGCACAGGCGACUGCUGGGGCUGAUUACUGUCGGAAAAUUCGACAACCAAAAUGAGCUUAAUGAACUUUGUCGAGUUCACGAAUCCCUUAAGGUAAAAUAUACCAGUACACUGUUUGAUUCAAGGUGUCUAUUGUUUGGACCGGCCUAUGAGGAGCUGCACAAACUCAGCAGCGGCUCGGAGGAUAAAAAAAACGCGACAAUAGAGAGCUGCUUUCAAACGCCGUCCAAUUUCAAAAGUCGAGCCUUUUUCUAUCCGGAAAAUGACUCCUGCUCAAACUUGGAAACAAAGAUUUCAGAAUUUAUCACCUCUCUGUACUAUAUUCUGGAACUGAAGCGUCUGGAGAAAACGCGGGAGAAGAUUGACAAAGUGCCGCUGCUGUUGGCGCCGUUCGAAAAGAAAGAUUUCGUAGGACUAGAUCUGGAAAGUCGCAACAACAAGAAACGCUGCAUCGGCCGGAUGACGAAACAUUUGGGAGAUCUAACGCUGCAGGCCGGCCUGGUGGCCGAAUCGCUGAACCUUUUUCAUUCUGCGAGUGAAACUCUACGUGCCAUAAGUGAUUCUCUUUGGCUUGGAGCGGCCUUCGAAGGCCUUUGUGCCGCUUCUGCCAUUCUGCUGUACCCUAACUUUCGCUACGCAAUGUCGAUUCAACGAAAUUCUAGUCUCCAAGAGAAUACCUCUUCCUCGCCGCAGAAGUUCAAUCUUGCUCGCAGCCAAGCGCUCACUAACAAUAGCUACAAUAAUGGCGAAGUGACCGGAAAUAGCCUGAACCAGAAGAAAACUAAUAUGGUGAUUAAUCUGGCUAGUUCGGAAACGACGUCAAUCCCAGAUAAAACCUCCGGUUCUUCGAACUCGUCCGCUUCGUCUAUCAGCUCAACGUUCUCGACUAGCUCCAGCAGCGGUGGAAGUACGGCCAGUGGAAGCUCCUCCUCGCUUACCGAUUCCGGAACAUUGGUGAACAAAUCUGUAGCCGCUCAAAAGUUUCCCCCCAAUAUUUUGCAACCGGACGAUAUUCCUGCCCGGUAUCGUGAAGCCAUCAUUAAUUACAGCAAGUAUCGUAACGCAGGAAUAAUAGAGACAGAGGCAGCUCUCAAAGCAGCUCGAAUCUGUAUUGAGCAGGGAAAAAAUUUGGAUGUUGCGAUGUUUCUACAAAAUGUUCUUUAUAUUAAUUUGAAUAUGAGCGAGCAACAGCGAGUGCGGAGGUUCGAAGUGCUUACGGAUUUGUACCAGAAGAUUGGCUACAACCGUAAGGCGGCAUUCUGUCAACGGUUGGCCGCCUGGCGUCACGUUGCUGUCAGCAAUACAAAUCCUGACUGGGGCCAGAGCUACCGGCUGAUGUUAGAAAGCUUUUCCGGCCACAAACUGUCGUUGGAGCCACAUGAAGUAUUGGAAAAUAAUACCGGCUGGCCUGUGCUGCAAAUCGAUCUGCUUCAGCAGUUGGUUGGCACGGCCAGACGGUUGGGACAAUCGGCACUAGCCACCAGGCACAUGACAUUCCUGCUGCAGACGAUGUGGAAACAUUUGAAUGCACACGACCAGAAAGAAAUGGCCCUGCAGUUGCAGAACCUUGCCUCCCAGUGCGAGGGUGCUCCGGUUCCGCUGGUACUGGAGAAUGGAACCGUUAUUCCACCGGCUAAUUUAACCGAUUUGCCGCUCUGCAGCCAGCUGCUGGUGAAAGACUUGCCCUCACAUAUGAGACCAAUGAAGAUUGUAAUAGCCAAAGUAGACCAGGGACCUUUUCUGUUUACUCCAAUCCACUUCAGUUCGAUGGAUCGCCGCCAGGCGAAGGAUGACAGUAAGAUUUCCUUUAAUUGGGUUCAGCAUGACGUUUGUGAGGUCAAUGUAAAGCUGACCAAUCCGCUGCCGUUUGAGCUGCAGGUGACCGACAUUCGGCUGCUAACGACGGGCGUUGUUUUCGAGGCAUUCCCCCAAACGGUAAUGCUGCAACCGAACGUACUGACUACGGUUUCUCUUCACGGAACUCCGAUCGAGAAAGGAGAGCUGGACAUUCAGGGCUACAGCACGCAUACGCUGGGUGUUAAAUCCAACUGCCGCCUGAAGCAUAUGUUGCACCGUCGACUGCGUCAUCUGCCUACGCACUAUCAAGUUAAUGUAAUACCCGCGCUUCCAAAGCUAGAACUUAAGACGAGCCUUCCUCAGACGGCAACUUUCAGCGGAAUGCCCAAUGCGGACUGUGUUACCACGUCUGCCAGUAUCACGCUCUAUAAUGGUGAACGGGGAGAAUGCGUCGUUACUUUAACCAACACGAGCAACAUCCUGAUCGAAUACAUUGACGCUACGUUUCAUUCGAGCAUGGACGCCAACCUACAAAAUCGAAUCUUUCAACUGUCGACGGAAGAGCUGAUGUCCAAACUGCCAAUUAAGCCGCAAGAGAGUAUCGACUUUAAGCUGGUCAUCUACGGGGAGGCAGAUUUUCUCGGGGCCGUUGGGACGGGUCAGCAUGGGUACCAGCAUUCGUCGCAUCAUGACGGUAUCAACAGUGCCGGACCGCAAAGUCUGACGGCAUCGCACAGUGGAGUUGGAGCUACCACCUUCAGUGGAGGCAGCGGGAAUCCUGGUUCCAUUCCGAGUCGCAUCAGUUCACCUACUAAUACCCACAGGCGAAACGAUCCGCUAACUUCGAGCUUUCGCUCGUCACACUCGGGUCACUCGUCGCUGGCAACGUUGAGUGUGGGGAUCGCCACCGGGCAUGUGCCGAGACAGCUUGAGGCACAGUUGCGCUUCAGAUACUCCGGUGGAGAGGGUUUGCAGGAAGGUUUCUGCCGGCAGUGUGCGAUUUCGUUCAACGUUGAAUUGCUGCCGAGUGCGCAGAUCACCAACUGGGACGUUUUGUCGGCGGAAAUUCCAUCACAGUUCUAUCUAGUGCUGGACGUGGUCAAUCUAACGGUACAGGAGAUGUCCCUCAACUACACCUCCAACAAAACAAUACUCAUCGAAGCGAAGGAAAGCUGCCGCGUUCCGGUACCGGUCGAUCGGUGUCCGCUGGAACGUAUCCUAGCGGCGAUGGAACACCAACAGCAGUCGUUGAACAAUGGCUCGCUGGAUAUUCACCCUGCUAGUAUACUGAGCGGCGUCGGUGUGACCACUAGCAGUGCAGCCGAUACGUCCGAUCUAACCGAGCGGGUUUGCUCCGAACAUAUAGCGGAAAACGUAAAUCUUAAAUGGUCUUUGCCGGGGUUGGACUGCAACGGAGUUGCUUCACUAAGGGGAAUUACCCUGUCGCCCACGAUGCUGGACCUGGUAACGGUGCCACCGUUGCAGUGGGAGGUGAAAGUCGACAAUCAACCGGUGGCUCCACAAUCGGAGGUUACUUGCGUCACUGGUCAGUUCAUGUCGCUUAGCAUCGGAAUCUGCAACCUGUCGGCUUCGGUUCUACACCAAGUGCAGUUGUCCGUUCAGUUCUAUCAAGACUACCAGAAUGGCCAUCACAACUAUCGACUGGAGACGCGAGUCACAAUGACGGGACCGAAUCACAUCCUAAUCCCGUCACUGAACAAAGACGAAAAAGCAUUCCACGAGUGUUCGGUACUGUUCUUUACACCGGGUCGCUUUAAGGCGGAUAUUCAGUGCCGUUCGCUCAGCUCGAUGGGCGAAAGUUUGGCCACUGCUGGUCCUACCACAGCCGCCGCCGUCGCAGCAUCCUCAUCGCACGUCUGGCGGUUUAUUCCUCCGGUUGAAAUUACCGUCAUCGACCAGUAAUAGAAUAGAAGAAAGGGCUCUCUCCCCGGCACACAGACACCCGCUACUGUUAGCACCUUAGAAACUAUAACACAAAUUGAUUGUUAUCGCCAAACUAUAGUAGACAGCCGUUCAGCUAGCAAUGUACGUAUUCAACAACAACAAAAGCCCCAAUAUACAGAUGUUGGGUUUCACACGUUUAUAAUUCUUGCAAAUCGGUUAUUUUUAAAUAUUAUUUUACAUAGCAGUAAGUAGGUUGUUAGCCGCUAAGGCACUCGGUAAAUUAUUAUUGGAAUGUAUAGCAAUAUAAAAAUGAAAUUAGGCCGCAUUGUCCGAGACUAAAGCCUCUACGGUGUUGCAAAAACGUAACUAGUAACAAGUACAUACAUAUAUAGCUUUUCAUUUAUUGUUUUUUUUUGUUUCGUUAAACAGUGAGUACUCAAAACAUGCCACACAUGUAUAAUCAAUCUAUACGUACAUAUAUGCAAAGGGAAAUUAAGUUUCUUGCGAUGUUUCUUUUUUACACCUGAAGGAUAAUUCUCACGCUGUUACAAAUUUUGUAUUUUGUUUAACCAGACGGUCAGAUUGAGUGACUGAUUGUGUAUAACUUUGCAGAACAAGAGAUAAACUGGCCGUAAAACUGUUCGAACAUUAGAACAACUAUUAUAGGACGCUGCUAGCAUACUAAGAUUUUUGUUAGAAGGAAGAA